ACGAGCCGUCCACAGGAGCAAUUGGCUCUGGGGGCCACACAGCGGCACCAGUUCGACCUGUCCAAGCCGCGGAGCGCGUGUUGGUAGGGAAGAGCAGGUGAUGAAAAGGAUCUUUAGAUCGAGCUCCCAAAUCCUCAGAUCUCUCUGUAUCUCUUUCUCUCGUUUUCAGGUCGUUUCCCUAUUUUUUGGGGGUUAGCAACCGGUGGGAGGGAGAAGAGGAAGAGGGCCGAGUACCCAAAUUGGAAGAUGCACGACUUCUGCUUCACGAUUCCUUACGGGAUCAUCGUGGUGGUUGGGGGUGUCGUCGGCUACGCCAGAAAGGGCAGCAUCGUCUCCUUGGCAGGAGGGGCGGGAGCCGGUUUGCUGCUAUUGCUCUCCGGUUUCAUCAGCCUCAAAGCGUUUGAGAAGCGCAGGAAUUCCUUGUUUGCCCUCCUCCUGGAGACCGUAUGCUCAGUGGCUUUGGCAGUGGUAAUGGGAAGGAGAUAUCUUGAAACUUCCAAGAUAAUGCCAGCUGGUUUAGUUGCUGCAAUCAGUGCCUUGAUGACGAUUUUCUAUCUGUACAAGAUUGUGGGAGGCGGCAAUCAUAUUUCAUCAAAAGCCGAGUGAUUUUCACUUCACUUUAUUCCAAUAUCACCUGUUGUUUCUCUGUGGACAUUUUGUACAACUUAUAUUUCCUUGUUUGGUUGCUAAGAAAACGUGAAAUUCAUUCACCAAAACAGCUUUUCGAGUUUUUAGAAGGGGGUGCAACCAUUUGAACAGAAAAUUUCGAUUUAGUAAUUCGACACGGCCACAUCUCAUGCAAUAUGUAAA